CGGAGAAGUAUGUAGGUGCUCACACACGCACACGCACACACACACGCACGCGCGCGCACGCUCACACACACACACACACACGCGCGCGUGCGCGCGCAAACACACACGCACCCCUAGCGAUAUGAGCGUUUUCCUGGCGUUUGGCGUCAUGCGCAUGAUGAACUGGCACCAGCUACCCAGGCUAUUGUGAAUGUUUAUGGGAAGGUGUUGGCAGGAGGGCACUACACCUGCUGGAGAGUGCUCUUGGCAAAGGUGGUAAAGAGUGAGCGCUUCUCAACACAACAGCACCUCUUUAUGUCUUGAUGCCAUGGAGACUGGCGAACCAUCAUUCCCCAUCACUGAACUCCCCGCUGUGGAGUCUGCACACAUCAGCCCCAAGAAGGAUCUAUGAAACCUGCAUGGAUUUGUGAGAUGUUUUCUCAUUCCCUUCUGACUUUUCUAUGAUGAUAUGAGACGACGGCUAGCGGACAUUUCCCCUGAAUCCUGGGCAUCCCGAACGGACUGAGAACUCAUCCGCAACAGGACUCAGCCUUCACAGAGGGUGAAGAUGCCUUUUCACCAUGUGCGAGCAGGGCUGCUGUACACAGACAACUUCCUGACACACUCGCUCUCUGAGAUCAGUGAGGAACAGUUAGCUCACAUCUCCACCGAAGAGCUCGAUGAGAUUCGGGAGGCAUUCCAGGUACUGGACAGGGAUGGGAACGGCUUCAUCUCAAAACAGGAGCUGGGUGUGGCCAUGCGCUCCCUGGGCUACAUGCCCAGCGAGGUCGAGCUAGCCAUCAUUAUGCAACGUCUGGACAUGGAUGGUGAUGGACAGGUGGAUUUUGACGAGUUUGUGACAAUACUUGGACCUAAGCUCCUCUCAUCUGACACCAGAGAAGGCUUCCUCGGCAGCACUAUAGACAGCAUCUUUUGGCAGUUUGACAUGCAGCAGAUGUCUCUGGAGGAGCUGAAACAAGUCCUGUUCCAUGCCUUUCGGGACCACCUGACAAUGAAGGACAUUGAAAACAUCAUAGUGAAUGAGGAGGAGAGCAUGAAGGACAACUCAGGAAACUGCCAGACUGAAUUUGAGGGAGUGCAUUCUAAAGGAAAGAAUCGGCAAACGUGUGUCCGCAAGAGCCUCAUCUGUGCAUUCGCGAUGGCCUUCAUCAUCAGCGUCAUGCUUAUUGCGGCCAACCAGAUGUUGCGUAAGGGUAUGGACUAGCUCCGUCCACUGUGACUCCUGAGUGAUAUUACCUCUGCUCCACUUAUCUAGCCAAACAAAACAUGACAACGAGAACUAAAUCUGUAGUUGACGUUUAUUGCUCUGUAUCUGGGCUUGCAGUGAGCAAGCAUCCCACUGUGCUAAAGACACCAGCCCACUCCUCUCUGAAUUUAAUGCACUCUAAAGACUUCUAUGCAUCCAGCUUUAAAGCAUAUAAUGAAGUACUACUUUCUCAGAAGAACUGGAGCCAACACAUGGAAGUCACAAACGGACAAGAUAAACCACUAAUAACAGUUGUUUACCCUCCCUUUAUCUCUCUGACAGGAAGACAUAAGGGCUUUGUGGUGCCCCAUAAUGCAAUAAGAUUUUGGCCCUUUCUUGUAUUUGUACGUGUUUCUCUCUCAUCUUCUCAUCAACUCCAGUCUCCAUCUGAAAUAGGAGUCGCGAGGAGGACGCCACUUCACCAAUAUCUCCCAUCAAGGUCACUUCAUUGUCUGUAUUUGAGCAUGUGCAUGUAAACUUGCUUCAGUCUUAUAAACAGCAUUAGAUUUUGCUAUUGAGAGACCAUUUCCUGAUUAAAAAUGGAGUCACACAAGCUGUAGCAAAGCACAGUGAUUGAAGGAUGAUACCAUAUUUUCCAGACAAUAAGUUAUUAUUGAGUAAAAACGUGCAUCUAAUGAGUAAAGUGUGGGAUUCAAAUAUAUACUUGGUUUUGUUUGGUUUAGUAUUUGGUGUUCAAGUUAACAAAAAAACAGAUAUUCUAUUUGAAUUUAUUUCUUUGCAGCUUAGUUGUUAGUUGCAUUUAAAUCCCCAAAAGCACCAACAGUUCAACAGGAAACUUUCUGUCAGACAAAAUGUUUUUGUACAAUCAUGCUGAUUUCAGUCAUAUAUGAAGAAACAUGUUUGACAGACAGGCAGAAACGCCUCCUUAUCCUGACCGGUUGAAUGUUAGUGGUCCACAUCAUAUACAUUUGAUUGUCUUGAUUUAUAAAUCCCUGAGCCCACUUUUAAUGCACAACAUCCAGCUGACUGGUAGAGGGCAUUUUAUAGUCUGGAAAAUAUGGUAAAUAUUUUGGUAAAACACCAAUUUCCAAUACAGGUAGAUGGACAACUGUGUGUAGCUAAAAUAAAAUGAACAGCUAUUUUAGUAAUUGCUAGUCAUGCUUGGAACAACUUAAAGACAUAUCAGGGUUAAAGUCAUUCUCACUGAUUAAAACUAAGUAUGAGGUCUUUUAAAGGUCUGAUCAACAUUUUGUUUUGUUUGACAAAGUUUUUUGGACUUUUUUGGUCCAAUUUUGAUUACUUAUUCAGUUCAGACUCAGGCACAGACUGAAACAUUGAAGUGCAUCUGAAAACUGGUCUGUCUCUUAACCUUGUCUUUUUAUCCCCUGUUCCUGUACGUAACCUUUUCUCUGUAGUGCAAAUACUAUAACCGUUUUAAAUAUAUUUAAAUGUGUCAAUAUUCCUGUUGCCUGUCCACUCUGUUUGUGUGUUGUAGUGUAGCAAUGUCAUGUUUUCUCAUAUAGCACUGCAUGCAUGUCUGUGUAUAUAAUGCUGUAUAGCAGAAAUGUCUGUUAGAUGCAUACCUGAAUGUUUAGUCCAUGCAUGUCAGAACCUGUUUCUACACAUAUGUGUAAAGCACUGGGUUUACUGGGUUUUUUUUUUUUCUUGGAAGCAGUCAGUUGUCUUCCUGUCAUCUCUAGAAAAGAAUUGAUGUGAUAAUUGAAUGAAAUGGUCCAUUAAAUGCCAUUUGGGCAAGGAAUAAAACACAGCAGGGCAUGCUGGUAUAAGAAAAUAAUCAUUGAUGGGGUUGAUUAUAUUGAGCUAAUUAUUUUCCAAUAACAGCAUGCUCUGUGAUGUCUUAUACCUCUUAUACCACAGCAGUUUGCCAAAUAUUCCAAAUUUAUUUUGUAACAGACAAUACACAGAUUAGUUUCUGUUAUUCCCUCCCUCACAAACCUCUCUUUGUUUGUUUAAGUUAAUAAACCUACUGCAAAUUGUCCCCACAAGCACUCCCUCCUUUUGGAAAACGUACAGAAAACUUAUUGCUUUACCUCUGACUGUUAGAAAAGUGCUGACCCUGGAGACUCCUUCCAAAAAAAUGUUAAAUAAACGUCUCCUCACACACUCUUCAUCUGUUUAUGUGGACUGUCUGCCUUGCAAGUCCCUGUGUAAAUUGUUACUAUGGAAACAAUAAAGUGAUAGAAAGGAGUGUGUUAAUAUAAACCUGUGACUUGGCUUGUGGCCGACAAGCUGACAGUAUAGUCAGAGAUGCUGUUAGAGAAUAUGUAUAAAUUAGAUCAGAGGUAGGAAAAUUUAACAGAGCUGUGGUAUAAGCUUGAAAUAAUAACUGUAGUGUGAAAAAAAAAGUCGGUACUGAAUGUCCAAGACAGGGCUGCAAAGAAUGAGAAUCCAGCUAGAGUCAAGAAGCAAUGGCAAAAAGAAUAGGGGAAAUUGCCAUGCCUCAUGUGCUUAUUUUUUAUUAUUAGCAUUCAGAUAUUAAAUAGAAAUGUUCCAGUUCCAGUGAACAAGGUGUGGCCUCUGUGCUGUCAGUUCCUAAGAAGGAAACCAGGCUAUCCAAGUGUUUGUAUAAUUCUAAACCACAAUGUGUCAUAUCAAUUGUACAUUAUAAUUAUAACUCUAAAUUGUAUUAUUUGGAUUUUUUCUUCAGAUCUUUCAAAGAUUUGAUUGUUAAUGUGUAGUGGUUCUGAGAAAAGCUGCACGCUUCUGUUAAACAAAUAAGCAGUCAGUGGCUCCAUCUAGUGAGCCUAGUGAGCCAAUCAGUCUGUGGUUUUCUUUCUUUCUUUCUUUCUUUCUUUCUUUCUUUCUUUCUUUUUUAAGGAGAAAGCAAAUAUUUAUUGUGUUUGUAUUUAGUCCAUUUAAAAUGACCUACAUUUAAAAGAAGCUAUUAAAACCCCAAAAUAUAUAUUUUUCAUUUUAAUUGAUUCUAUCAUUCCCAGAUAAAAAUAUAACUGUAAAAUAUAUCCAAUGUUCUGUCUAAAAAUGCUAAUAAUAAGGUGUCUGCUUCUGUUGUGUGCCAUUCAUGUUGAUGCCAUGUAGUGGACUGAAAGUGCCAAAACUCCAGGUGCAAUAGUUUGUUUAUGCCCCAGUCAUUCAGUUUAACCCUGACAUUGCAGUCACAGACACUCAAUAAAAGACUAGUUUUGGCUGUUUUUUUUUUUUGUUUUGUUUUGUUUUGUAUUUUGUUUUUGACUAUGUUUUUGAAAUAUUUACUACACUUUAUUACAGUUUUUAUUUUGCGUGUAAAUUAUUUGUUUUUGUUUCCAAGGUUUUUAUUAUUCUUUCUGGAAUUUUUUAUCUGGUUAAGGGGACAGUGGGCUCUUGAAUCUAGUUUGCUCUCAAUCCAGAAUCCUCUCUUUUAGCAUGCCAAGUGAAAUGUUCGGAAGAAAUUUGUAUUACGUAUUUAUUCUUAUGUAUAUGAUGCAUUUUAUUUUUAAGAAGCGUAAAAGGGAUUGUGGAUAUGCAUAAUGGUGUACACUUUGCAUGCAGGCUAUGGAUUGACAGUAAAAUUAUAGCAAUAUGAUUUUUAAAUAAGAAAAACAAAACUUGUAAGAAAAUAUGA